AUGGAUCCCAGCAAGAUCGACCUCGCCGCCGCUGCGCGGGCGGCAGUAGCUCGGCUCAAGGAGCGGGACGGUGGCACCGGCGACAGCUCGGCUUACACUGCCGCCGCCGCGCGACUGGCCGCACUGCAGGAAGCCGCGCCAUCUCAGAGACCUGCGGCACUCAUUGCGCGUCUCGACCUGUCCACCCUUUGCUGUCCCCAGCCGGCCCCGGUUCAGCUUCAGCAGUACGGUGCGCUACAGCAGAUGCAGGACGUCUACCUUCAGACGGCGGGCGCGAGCCACCUGCAGACGGCGGGCGGGAGCCACCUGCCCGCCGCUGGCCCGCCGCUGAGCAUGCCUCUGCCCGGCUUUGCGGCGGCGGCGUACCCCGGCCUGCAGCCCGUGCCCGAAAAGCAGCGCCCGACGGUGCCGAACGUCCGGUUCGCGCGGAGCCUGAUCGGCGCGGCGCUCGGCGACGACAACCGGAAGAAGCGCGCGCGAGAGGCGUCCGAGGAGGAGGCCUCCGCCAACGCGGCGGCGCUGCGCGACAAGGCCAAGGCGAAGGCCGUCGCCGCUGCCGCCGCCAUCACGACGCCCAUCAGCGCGGAGGAGAUCGCCGCCGCGCAGCAGCGGCUCCGCGCGCAGGCGCUCUCGCGCACCAUCGAGGCGCGCAUCCCUCCCGAGCACCGCGUGCCUGCAAGCGAGCCUGCAGCGGCGGCGGCGGCGGGUGGUGGUGGGAGGGGCGCAGGCCCGGCGGCCUCCCGCUGGGCGCGCAAGGGGAUGCGGGUCAAGGUGCUGGGCGGCGCUGCGGAGGGGGGGGGCGGCACCGCGGUGGUGGUUGCGGCGCGCGACCCCGAGUCGCUGCAGCUCAAGCUCGACUCGAGCAAGCAAGUCAUCUCGGCGCGCGAGGCGGACCUGCUGCCCACCGAGCCAGAGGCGGGCUGCUUGAUCAUGGUGGUGGAGGGCGCGCAGGCGGGCCAGGUCGGCGUGGUGGAGAGCGUCUCGCUGGCCGAGCGCACCGCAAACGUGCGCCUGCCGGAGGGGAGCCUCAACUGCUCGCUGCUCGACAUCACGCAGUGGGCCCGCGGCUGA